AUGACUUUUGAGACUGAACAAAACACUCAGGACUAUCAAGCGCUGAAGAAGGAGCUAAGUGCUUCUGCAAGCGAGAUCAAGAAAUGGUGGUCCGAACCGCGUUGGAAAAAUACCAAGAGGAUCUAUACUGCUGAGGAUAUUGCCGCAAGAAGAGGUACUUUCCCUCCUGUGGAGUAUCCGUCGUCUGUGAUGGCUAAGAAGUUAUACAAGGUGCUGUUGCAGCACAGCAGGGAGGGGACCGUGGCCAAGACGUUUGGUGCGUUGGAUCCCGUUCAUAUCACGCAGAUGGCAAAGUAUCUGGACACGAUUUAUGUUUCUGGAUGGCAGUGUUCUUCUACGGCCUCGACGUCCAAUGAACCAGGUCCCGAUUUGGCAGACUAUCCAAUGGACACGGUGCCUAACAAGGUAGAGCAUCUGUUCAAGGCACAGUUGUUCCACGACAGGAAACAGCUGGAGGCGAGAGCGAACGCUGCGUCGCAGCAGGAACUGGACGCUAUGGGGCCACCAGUCGACUAUCUGACGCCAAUUAUCGCGGACGGAGACGCCGGACACGGUGGGUUGACCGCGGUGUUCAAGCUGACCAAGAUGUUCAUUGAGCGUGGUGCCGCCGGCAUCCACAUGGAGGACCAGACCUCGACCAACAAGAAGUGCGGCCACAUGGCGGGCCGCUGCGUGAUCCCGGUACAGGAGCACGUCAACAGGCUGACUACCGUGAGGAUGUGCGCCGACAUCAUGCACUCGGACCUGAUCGUUGUGGCCAGAACGGACUCCGAAGCGGCGACACUGAUCAGCUCUACCAUCGACGUCAGAGACCACUACUUUAUCGUAGGUGCCACGAACCCAGAGGUCGAGGCGCAACCGUUUGCUGAAGUCAUGGACAAGGCCAUUCUCGCAGGCGCAUCCGGCCCGGAGCUGGCUCAGAUCGAAGCCCAAUGGUGCAAGAAGGCCGGUCUCAAACUGUUCCAUGAAGCGUUCGCAGACGAAGUAGCCAGGUCCAACCUAUCGAACAAGAAACAGAUCGUCGCCGAGUUCAGAUCCAAAGUCGGACCCUACACCGCGACCCCACACAGAGAAGCACAGAAGCUUGCCAAACAGCUGCUUGGACACGAAGUCUACUUCAACUGGGACGUCCCCCGCGUCAGAGAGGGUCUAUACCGCUACCAGGGCGGCACCGAGUGUGCCAUCAUGAGAGCCCGCGCCUUCGCACCCUACGCGGACCUCGUCUGGAUGGAGAGCAACUAUCCAGACUACCCACAGGCCAAGCAGUUCGCCGAAGGCGUCCGCUCCGAGUACCCACACCAGAUGCUCGCCUACAACCUCUCGCCCUCGUUCAACUGGACCAAGGCCAUGUCCGUAGACGAGCAAGCCACCUUCAUCGAGAGACUCGGCCAGCUCGGCUACAACUGGCAGUUCAUCACCCUGGCAGGGCUGCACACAACAGCACUCGCAGUGAACAACUUCGCACGUGAAUUCUCCAAACACGGCAUGAAGGCAUACGCCCAAAACGUGCAAAAGAGGGAGAUGGACGAGGGCGUCGAUGUGCUAAAGCACCAGAAAUGGUCCGGAGCCGAGUACAUCGACAGUCUACUGAAACUAGCCCAAGGUGGCGUAAGCGCCACCGCGGCAAUGGGCGUCGGUGUCACGGAAGAUCAGUUCAAAGAUCAGCAGAACAGCAAGCUCUAG